AUAUUUUCCUUUUUUUUUGGUUGUUUUUGUGGCUUGGUGUUUAUCGGAGCGGUUUUUCUUCAAAAAAUUUUACCUUGAACUAAAUAUUUUAACUAAUUAAGAAGUAACAAAGUUUUAAACAUAACCUUAAAAUUUUAAAAAUCGGUUUCCAUGGCGAUGUUAAAUCCUCCAACUCAUUUUUUAACCACAUUAUUUUAUUUUUAUAUUAUUUUUCAUUUCCUUAUUUGUUAAAGUGAUUUUUGACAUUAAGGAAAAACCCACAAUUUCACCUUGAACUAAAUUAAAAUCACUUAUAAACGAAACUAACCUAAAAAAUUUGACAUUAAGAGAAUCGUUGCCAUAGUAACGAAAUCAUAACAUUAAUUCUAACCUAAAAAUUGGGUUAAAAUGGCUUCAGGGACUUCUUCAACAUCUGAGGAAUACGUUGAGGGUGUUGUUUGUAACGAAGAUGAAAUUAAUGAAAACGAAAUGAAGGUGCUCGAUUUAGAGGAUGUGGGAAAGAUCCUGCUUGUAAAACAAAAAGGGAAAUUAACGGCGAUUGGAGCGAAAUGCACCCACGCGGGAGCUUUAUUAUCAACAGGAGCCCUUGGAGAUGGUCGAGUACGAUGUCCAUGGCACGGGGCUUGUUUUAACAUCACAACGGGCGAUAUCGAAGAUUUCCCCGGUUUAGACUCUUUACCAUGUUACCAAGUAAAAGUGGAAAACAACCAAGUUAAAGUUAGAGCGCGAAAAAACGAUGUUGCAACAAAUAAGCGCCUCAAUACAAUGUCUAAAUUAGAUCUAAAUAAUAACGAGUGUUUCGUUGUUAUUGGAGCUGGCCCGGCUGGAGGAACUUGCGUCGAAACGCUCCGCCAAGAAGGAUUUACUGGGAGAAUUGUAUUAAUUUCGAAAGAAAAUUCUUUGCCGUACGAUCGCGUUAAAAUAAGCAAAGCUAUGGAUAUGCCGUUGGAUAAGAUCCAAUUUCGUAAUGAUUCAUUUUAUCGCGACCACGAUAUUGAAGUUAUGAAAGGAAUCGCGGCGAUAGGAGUCGAUACAAAUGAAAAAUUAGUUAAAUUAGAUAACGGAAACGACGUAGGGUACUCAAAAUUAUUCAUCGCGACGGGUUGUAAAGCCGUAAAAACCCCAAUUCCGGGGGUUGAACUAAAAAACAUCGAAGUAUUAAGAAAUUUUAAUCACGCCGCUUACGUUCAUUCGCAAUUAACCCCCGAUAAAGAAAUUGUAGUCUUAGGAAGUAGUUAUAUUGCGCUAGAAGCCGCCAGUUAUAGUGUUAAUAAGGUUAAAAAAGUUACCGUUGUAAUGAGAAGUGAUGUUCCUUUCAAACCUUUAUUAGGACCCCGAAUUGGGGCUGCUUUUAAAGCAUUCUUUGAAGAAAAAGGGGUUGUUUUUAUCCCAAACUCGGGAAUUAAGCGUUGUAUUGAUGACGGGCAUGGUUUUAUCAAUUCAGUUGAGUUAAUCAACGAUGAAAUAAUAAAAGCUGAUUUAUGUAUUAUGGGGGUUGGUUCUCGGCUUUAUACGGACUUUUUAAAAUCAUCUCAAGUUGAUAUUCGCGAAGAUGGGUCGAUAGAAGUUGAUGAUUUCAUGGAAACUAACGUAAAAGGGGUUUAUGCAGGAGGAGAUUUAGCUUAUGCCCCCGUUUGGUCUUAUCGAAAUAUUAAAAGUGUUAUUGGACAUUACCCCUUAGCCCAUAUGCAUGGGAAAAUCGCCGCUUUAAAUAUGUUGGAAAAAAAGAAACCUUUAAAAGCCGUCCCAUUCUUUUGGACGAUGUUGUUUGGGAAAGGAAUUCGAUACGCAGGGCACGGAAAAUACACGGAUAUCGUUUAUUCAGGGGAUGUUGAAGGAUUAAAAUUUGUCGCGUUUUAUUUAGACGAAGAUGAAGUCGUCGCCGUAUCUAGUUGCCAAAUGGAUCCGAUCGUUUCGGAAUUUGCCGAAAUUUUAGCUCAGGGAAAAAAAUUGUAUCGGAAAGAUCUCACUGGGGAUGAUCAUUUAGGUUGGAGACAUUAAAAACAUAUUUUUGCUUAAGUAUUAAACACAAACAGAGUAUUAUUUAGAGAAUUUUUAUAUGUACUUACCCAGAUUGUUUAUUUAUCUUUAUAAUAAAUGUUAUUUUUACAACUGAA